AUGUCUACUACUAAUGCCAUUAUCCUAAAUAUUAAACCAAAAACUUUGUCCAAAAACUUGUUCUUGAAUGGAAUUUUAUGCAAAACCCUAGUUUUCUUAACCCUAAUUCUAUAUCUUAUAUACUUUUUAUUAUCAUCAUCAACAACAACAACAUCCCUAUUACAAUUUUUCCCCUCAAAAAGCAUCAUCAAAUCAUCAAAACAAUAUUAUUUUAAUUCCAAUAAUAUUAAAACUAAUAUUAGCCAUUUAGUUUUUGGAAUUGCAGCCUCAUCAAACACAUGGGGUAAAAAAAAACAUUACAUAAAUUCUUGGUGGAAACCAAAUAUAACCAAGGGUUAUCUUUUCUUAGAUAGAACCCCAAAUGAUGAACACUUACCAUGGCCUAAUACCUCUCCUCCUUAUAGAAUUUCUAGUGACAAUUCGCGAUACAUGCCUUACAACAAACAUGGAAUGCCAUUCGCGAUUAGAAUGGUGAGAGUGAUUGAGGAAACGUUCAUGGAAGAACAUGACUCUAAUACUGUUAGAUGGUACGUUAUGACUGACGAUGACACUGUAUUGAUGAUUGAAAAUUUGGUCAAUGUGUUAUCAAAGUAUGAUCAUAUGAAAUACUAUUAUGUUGGGAUGAAUUCAGAGUGUAUUGUGAGUAAUUUUGGAAUGUCAUUUCAAAUGGCAUUUGGUGGUGCUGGUUAUGCAUUGAGUUACCCUUUAGCACAAGCUUUGGCUAAGAAUAUGGAUACUUGUAUUAAAAGGUAUCCAUAUUUGUAUGGAAGUGAUCAUAUUUUACAAGCUUGUAUUGCUGAUUUAGGAGUCACUAUUACACUAGAAAAAGGAUUUCAUCAAAUCGACUUACGUCGCGAUAUAUCAGGAUUUUUAUCAGCUCAUCCACAAUCACCAUUCAUAUCACUCCAUCAUCUUGACUUAGUAUCACCAAUUUUUCCUUCAAUGAACCAUUAUGAUGCCUUGAAUCAUCUAAUGAAAGCAGCAAGUGUUGAUCAAUCUAGACUAUUACAACAAAGUGUAUGUUACAAUAAGAUACACAAUUGGACAUUUUCAGUAUCAUGGGGAUAUUCAGUACAAAUUUAUGACAAAAUUGUACCACAAAGUUAUCUUCAAACUCCAAUUGAAACAUUUGGUGAAUGGAGAAAAGGUGCAUGGCCACCUUACAUGUUUAAUAUUAGAAAAUUCAAUAAUUAUUCUUCAUGUGGUGAAGUUCCAAAUAUUUUGUUUUUUGAUACUUUUGAGGGUACUAAGUUGAAUCAUAUUGUGACAACAUAUGUCAAGAAAAAUCAUAGGAUUUGUGCCAAUAAUGAUGAUGAUGAUCAUUCUUCUAAUGGUGUCAUGAAAGUUCAUGUGUUCUCACCUAUGGAUAAGCUUCAAGUUGGGGAUGGUAAUAGAAGAGAAUGUUGUGACAUUAUUCAACCAAUUGGAAUGGACUCAAUGGCCAUCAAACUAAGGACUUGUAUGAAACAUGAAAUUAUUGCUUGA